CACAUUUAAUUAUUUUCACACGUGCUGAUUCCUUUUCCACGCCGGAAAUUCCUCCACACUCUGUUUUCUGUGUGUUUUCAAAGAAACCCCGUUCAGAAGUCACGGUUCCCAAAAUGAAAACUUUGCCAGGAAAAUCCGAACCCUAGAAGAGAGAGAGAGAAAAGAAACUCUUUUCUUUCACUUUCUCGCCAGACAAACACUAGCCUCUCCAAUAGCACCGGGAUUUAAAGUCUGUCCUUUUCAUUUUUAUUAUUAGUUAUUUUUUAAGACACAUUUUCUAGUGGGAAUUACUGAAAUAGGUUUUGAAAUUUGGCUAUGACGACGAGAUUGAGUUUGAAAUAAGUUUGUGGGGUUUUUAUUUAUCUCUUUAUUAUUAUUAUUAUUAUUAUUGUGAAAUAAAGUUUUUUUGGGGGGAUAAAUGGGGGCAGUGACGUCUUCAAUGGCGGCGAAGUUUGCGUUCUUCCCGCCAAACCCGCCGUCGUAUGGAUUGGAGGUGGAGGAAGGGAGUGGCAAGCUGAGGUUGACUGGAGUGACGAUGAAGGAGAACGUCGACGUUUUGAAGCUCUGCACCAAAAGAGGGAACAACGUCGUCGCUGUUUACGUUAAGCACCCCUCUGCUUCUCUCACGCUUCUUUACUCGCACGGCAACGCUGCUGAUCUGGGUCAGAUGUACGAGUUGUUCGUCGAACUCAGUUUUCAACUCCGAGUCAAUUUGUUGGGUUACGAUUAUUCGGGGUACGGACAGUCUACUGGGAAGCCAAGUGAGCAGAACACUUAUGCAGACAUAGGAGCUGCAUACAGAUGUCUUUUGGAGACGUAUGGCACAAAGGAGGAGGAUGUUAUCUUAUAUGGGCAAUCUGUUGGUAGUGGUCCUACUUUAGAUCUGGCUAGCCGGUUGUCGAGAUUGAGGGCUGUUGUUCUUCACAGUCCCAUUAUGUCUGGACUCCGAGUCAUGUACCCUGUGAAGCGAACAUUCUGGUUUGAUAUUUACAAGAACAUUGACAAGAUACCAUUCGUCAAUUGUCCGGUUCUAGUGAUCCAUGGAACGAAUGAUGAUGUUGUAGAUUGGUCCCAUGGCAAGCAACUUUGGGAGCAUUGCAAGGAGAAGUAUGAACCAUUAUGGGUUAAAGGAGGGAAUCAUUGUGACUUGGAGCUUUACCCACAGUACAUAAAGCAUCUCAAGAAGUUCAUAUCAGCCGUUGAGAAAUCUCAUCAUCUGAGAAAUGGAUCUCUGCCAAUCAUUGAGCAACAAGAAAAUCCCCCUCGUAAUAGUACAGAUGCUAGAGAAAAAGCUAGGCCCAGUACAGAUCAGAGAGAGAAGUGUAGACCAAGUAUUGAUCAAAGAGAAAAACCCAGGCUAAGCACGGAUAGAAGAGAGAAGUCAAGAGUCAGCAUUGACAGGAGAGAGAGAUCAAGAAAGAGUGUGGAUCGGCCUGAGAGAGUGGGUAACAGCACAGACCAGCCAGAGAAAGCAAGGAAUAGCAUUGAUCGCUUCGGAGGCAUAGUCAGAUCAGUUGGAUUGUGCAAUAUUGAUUGUUUCAAGCCAACAGCAACAGCUAUUUGAGGAAGAAAUUAGAGGGGUCCAUAGAUGGAGUUUGUAUUGCGUUCUUUACUUCUAUUUAUUUGAUUGGUUAGGGUUUGGCCUGGGGGGUGAUAGGAAAGAAAUGCCACUGUUUCAUAUACUGAGAAAAAGAAAAUAGGAAAUGUUUUAUAAACUUUAUCCAUGCAGAUUAUGUAGAUCUUGAUUUGUUCUCGUUCCAACUUAAUAAGUUUAUUAGAAUUCUCUC